AUGAACUCGGAUUCUUUUCCUGAUUAUUAUGAAAUUCUCGAAGUUGAAGACACUGCCACAACCGAGGAAAUUCGUGAUGCGUACAAAAAGAAAGCCCUAGAAACACAUCCAGACAGAUUCGUUUCAGGCUCUAAUGAUUCUGCAAUAAGCCCCACAUUAUCACAAGAAAAGGCAAAGGUUCUUUUUCAGAACAUUGCAGAUGCUUAUUAUGUUCUUAGUGAUGAAACACGAAGGGCACAAUAUGAUCGAGUAAGGGCCUCCAGAAAAAAGAAAAGUGAACCUACAUCGACAUGGCAGGUCAAUCGAACUGACGCAAAUCAAAUCUUUGGUGACGUAUUUGAAGAAUUGUUGAGACCUGAAGUAGAUAACCCGAUGUGGCUUUAUGCUCCAAUUGGUGCGGUUACUGGUGGGAUGUUGGGUUUUAUUUGUGCUAAUGUUCCUGGAUUGGUGUUGGGUGCGUACGCAGGAAAUAAACUGGGUGCAAUUAGAGAUGCCAAAGGUGUAUCCGUAUAUGAUGCUUAUUCAAAAUUAUCUAGUAAUCACAAGGCCGCCAUAUUAGCUGCACUUGCUACAAAAUUA